AUGCAGAUAUUGUGUUUGUCCGGGGGUCCAUAUGAUGUACUUAUACAGAGCUGCUACACUUGUGGAUAUCGAUUUAUUGUUCCUAAUCUAGACCGCGAGUUACCAGAUUUGGGGCCGGCAUCGUACGCGCUCGCUCUUCCUCCCGCUCCAUCCCCGCUUAGGGUUUUCAAGAAGAAGAAGAAGACGACGACGAAGCUUUUCGCUUCGCCUUCCUGUUUCUCGGCCGUCUCGUUUCGCUCCUCGCGUGGCCGCCUGCGAUUCAGACUCUGGCUCCCAAUGUUCCUGAGACCUCUGUACGAGCUUUUGUUGCGUUUAUCUCCCUAUGAGUCACCGUGUCGACGGGAUGGUCGAAGGUUUGGAGAUUCCGCCGCUUCCGAGUUCGUCUCUAAUCGGUGGCUGGAAACAGGAAGAGAGUUCGCUGACCUCACUUACCUGUCCAAUUUGUUCUUUCGUGAGCUAGAGGAGAAGUUCGAACGGUUGUUCUCUGACGUAGGCCACCCAGUGCCUUCCACGUUCACUGAUUCAUAUCAGGAGGGACUCGUACUUCUGUUGAGGUGUUGCAUGGUCAUGCUGCAUUUUCUCGAAUUUGACCUCAGCUUGGUUGUAGAGAAAUGCAAGAUUCUCUUGUCAAUUCUCCGGAGGUUGUGUGUACCAAAUUUACCAUUUGCUUUAUGUAGCUGCAAACUCCAUCCUGAGGCAGAUAAUAUCAUUAGUGGGGUCACAAGCUUGGCUUCUCAUCGGUGCCCUAGUGAUCUAAUUGGGAUAAAUGGGCCAAAUGAGGGAGCUAGAAGGCCAAUGCUUUCCUUUUUCCGAAGAAUACUUGAGGUGUUUAUUGAUGAAUUUCUGAAGAACUGCCAAAUGAGAAAACAUUUUACAAUGACAGAUAAUGUUUCCGUCACAGAACAGAAGCUUUUUGUAUCUCAUGGCAGUUACGGCGAUAUAUAUGCUAUUCAAGAGAUUAUUUCCAGUCAUUUCCUUCUAUCAACUAAUGAUGAGUGGACAUUCAAUAGAUUUAUUAACUCACUGUCUUGGGCCAAUGAGGUUGAGAAUGAUGUAUCUGAAAUAUGCCUGAGCACAAUGUUGACAUUGCUAGGUUUCCGCAACAUGUUCUUCAUACCAUGUAUGCUUGAAGCACAUCUGCUUUCGUGGGCUUCCAAAUGCAUCAGCAUACAGAGGCCUAAAGUUGAUAGGGGGUUGAAUGAGGAACUGAUGAAUUCCCACAUCUUAGCAUUUGAACUUUCUGUCAAUGUUUAUAUAGGUCACAUUUCAAGAAUAGGACUUGUCAGUAAUAUAAAUGGAGAGCAUGUUCAGCCAUGUUAUCAUGACAAGAAAUUAUCUUUUGAUUCUUGUAUCCAACCCAUGACCUACUAUAAACUUCAACAUCAGAUGGACUCUUUGUUUGAAUUCUGUUGCUUAAACUCUCAGGAUUUUCUUUCUGAAACAAAAGCAGAUAUUGCAAAUAAAUCUUUUGCAUUCAUCAAAGAGAAUAGUCAUAUUUUAGAUGACAUUUUCAGGGAUGAAGCUUGUUUAAUUUUACAAUAUAUAGUGAUAAAUAUUCUUUCAGAAGAAAAUGUGGAAGACACAAAACAUGAAAAUGAAAGCAAAAUUUCGCAAGAGAUGUAUUGUUUUGCUGCUGUAUUGAAGUUAAUGAGUUCAUCACUCUUGCAAAUCAUAUGGAACUUGAGACAGAAAGGGUGUGUAGGUGGCUCUGAAGCAUUGGGUAAUAAGGUUGCUUGCAGGGAAUAUAAUUUUAUAGCGGGCAUUAUCAGUUGUUUUGGGAAAUAUGAAUUGAAUCAACUUGUUAAGAGAAUUCUGCUGGAUGUUAUUGGAUCAAAUUCUGCAAAACAUGAGUCAAAUCUGAUGUUGGCACAUUUUGCAAGCUUAUUAUAUCAUAGUUUCAGAAGAAGGCUUGGGUUUUUGUGGAAUAGUUGCAUUAUUAUGAUGAUGGUGAUUCUCAAUCUUCUUAUUUUUGAAGAGGGUAAUUUGGAUGUAUUGAUGCCAUUGGUUGUUAUAUCGAAAGUAACAAUUCAGCAAAGUUCUGAAGAAAAGCAAAUAAAGGCAUCAACUUGUAGAAGUUCAGUAGUAGCAUCAAACUUGCAUCAUAUUCAAAUGCUCUAUUUGAGGAAAAACCACACAACAGAAAUGCACGAAGACCAGUCCACAAAAUGUCUAACUUCUAUUGAGGAUGCAAAGUGUAAUUCUUACAUUAGUGGAGCUAAUACAUGUAAUGGUGAAACUUUUAUUCAGUCUUUACCUGGAAAUCAGAAAGAUCCAUCAGAAUGGGCUGAUUUGGUUGACUUCAUUGAGGGCACGCAUGGUAAGGAUUACUCAGGUUGGUUAAGACAUCGAAAAAGGUUCAGAGUAUGGCAGCAUGAAAAGAGACUUGUGAUGAAAGGGCACAAGAAAGAAGUUGUAGCUGCAAGGAGACUUAGGUCCAAGAGGGCUAAGUGAGAUUUUUAUGCUAUCAUUUCUGCACUUUCAGAACAUUCCCUUGGACCGGGAUGUCUGGCUGACUAUUGAAUGCAGGUAUGGCAAGAAUUACUCUGGUUGAACUAUUGAAAAGAAGGUUCAGUGGCAAUUAUUUUUAAUAAUGAAAAAUGCAAGACAUUCUGAUUGAAGCACACAAUCAUGUGAGCAAAAGUAAACCGCCGCUUUUGAAUUUGGGCAGUAAAGCUUCAGGUAGCGAUGCAACAAAGUCAUCUUCUUGGUGCUUCACAUGCGAUGUGCUAUGAUACACAAAAUCAUUCAUAUUUUAGUGCACAAGAAUGGUAAAAGGAUGUACCCAGGGCAUGAUGCAUCCACCAAUAUAGAAACUCUUCCCAUGGGUCAAAUCUGGAUCAUUCAGAUCGCAAAGGAGCAAUUUUAUGCCUGUACCAAGAGUCAUUUCAAAGGGUUGGUACUAAAGUUGAAUCACAAAAGUACCUUUUAGGAAGAGGAGAGAACAAAAGAAAUAGCAUGGGG